AUGAAUAAGAAACGGAGCAAAACUUGUAGCUAUCUCAGAUUCCCUCCACCAAGCCUUGCUCAGGGCAUCAAUGGAGGAAGCGAAUGUGUCACUUUUGACAUCAACCGGAUCCGUGAGUUUUCGAGGGAGACCAAGAAGCUGUGGUACCUUGCUGCUCCAGCAGUUUUUACUUUGGUUUGCCAGUAUUCAAUUAGUGGCAUUACUCAAAUGUUCGCUGGCCAUGUCGGAACCGUCCAACUCGCUGCCAUCUCCGUUCAAAACUCUGUUAUUGCCGGUUUUGCCUUUGGAGUCAUGUUUGGGAUGGGAAGUGCAUUAGAGACGCUUUGUGGGCAAGCAUAUGGAGCAAAACAGCUCGAAAUGCUGGGGAUUUACAUGCAGAGAUCUUGGAUUAUUGUAGGUACCACAGCCCUGGUGCUAAUGUUUCCUUACAUAUUCGCCACGCCUCUCCUAAAACUCAUCGGUCAAGAUCCUGAGAUAUCAAAAUGGGCAGGGAAGUUCGCAGUUUGGAUGAUUCCGCAGCUCUUUGCCAAUGCAAUCAACUUUCCCAUCAGGAAGUUUUUGCAAGCUCAGAGCAAGGUCGUGGUGAUGGCCGCUAUAGCAGGGGUUACAGUAGUUGGGCAUACUUUGUUUAGCUGGCUGUUGAUGCUCAAGAUGGGAUGGGGACUGGCGGGUGCUGCAUUGGCGCUGAAUGCAUCCUCGUGGUUCAUGGUGGUGGCCAAUCUCGCGUAUAUAUUUAGUGGGACAUGUGGUCGAGCUUGGUCUGGUUUUUCUUGCAAGGCUUUUCAAAAUCUAUGGGGAUUUGUCCAAUUGUCUUUUGCAUCUGCAGUCAUGAUCUGCUUAGAGAUGUGGUAUUACAUGGCGCUGAUUCUCUUUACUGGGUAUCUCAAGAAUGCGGAAAUAGCUGUCGAUGCAAUUGCUAUAUGCUCGAACAUUUGUGCGUGGACAUUCAUGGUGUCUUUUGGAUUGAAUGUGGCAGUAAGCAUAAGGGUAUCAAAUGAACUAGGGGCAGGGCAUCCAAGAACCGCGAAAAUGUCAAUGAUAGUAGCCUCGUUCACUUCUCUUCUGCUCGGUAUGUUCCUGGCACUGGUUCUGCUUGUUUUUCGAAGCAAGUUUCCCCCGUUAUUUACAAACAGUAAGGAAGUCCAGACGGUUGUACAUGAACUUACACCUUUGUUAGCCGUCACCGUGUUCAUAAACAGUCUUCAACCUACUCUUUCUGGAGUGGCCAUUGGAGCAGGAUGGCAAGCUUAUGUUGCAUAUGUGAACAUAGCAUGCUACUAUUUAUUUGGCCUUCCUAUUGGUUGUUGGGAAUAAACCCU